CUUCCCCCCAAAUCCGACAACAAACUUUCGCAAGCACUCUUAUGCGCAAAUACUGGAAGGCUAAGAGUACCAGGACGGGAACAAGAUGAACACCUUCGACUCUCAUUCGUGGUACAUAAUCUUCAACAAGGAAAAUCGCCCGGGCCAAACCUUGCGCGUAGUCGAUGGGAAUGGUGCUGUCGGAAUGGGCACGUUCUUGACCGAUGGAACAGAAAACUGGCAGAUAUACUACCAACAACAAAGAUGGUAUAUUCGAACAUUAGCGAAGGAGCUAGGACAACAGACUUGGGUGGAGUACCAACUGGGUCUCACAAAGGAGUCAAGUACGGUGCCAAAAAUGUUGAAGAGGGACGGCUCGCUGGGCCAACAGUGGACUUUCACCGAAGUAGACGACGGGAACGGAGGGUUGCUGUAUAAGAUCAGCAACGGCCUGUCGGGAAAUAAGACGUGUCUCAGCUUACCAGCCUCGAAUGGAACGCCGGGAAUGCAGACUAGCAGUGGAGGUGCUCUGUGGGAUUUACAAGUCAACCCAGGAGCGGGAACGCCAGAACACGAGAAUUUCUAUCGGGAUGUAGUUGACCUUGAAGUGCCAUCUACUCCAUCCGCAACACCACCUCCAACAACUUCCUCGUCUACGACUUUCUCAACUUCCCAAACUUCCUCAACCUCCUCAACUUCAACAUCCUCGUCCACAACAGAAACGCCCCCAAGAACAUCAGCCGCGAACAUCAGUUCUGUAACAAUCUCUCCAGGCGGGAUGGCGGGUAUCGCAAUUGGUAUUGUUUCGUUUGUGCUCGUAGCAGCGCUUGGCGUAUAUUUCUACCUAUCUCGACGGAAAAGCAAAAAAGCUGCCGCCCAUAACACGAAAGCCACGACUGAGCUGGAUGGAAGUUCGCAAACGGUAGAUCCGCAUGUGUUCAAGCCAGUGGAGAUUGGAAGCGCUCCAAUGAUACAUAUUGCGCAGGAACGACAGUAUCAGGAAUUGAGAUAUGAGAUGUGA